AUGAUUGCCAAUCAUGGCGUUCGCGUUUAUCUGUUUCGAGGGGUUUUCGGGGUUCCCGGUGGUCAUUAUCGCGAUGAUGGCCGCAGGGACCCUUUCUUCGAUGGGAUGAUUCACGAAGACGAUGAGGAUGAGGAGGACGAUGGAUUUCUCCACAAUGACUUUAAUAGGCCCCAUCAGGACCCGUUAGAUGAUGCCUCCAGAUUCGGUUUCAGUUUUGGGCCCGGCGGGAUGCGCUUCGAGGAACCUCAGCUGUUCGGCCAGAUCUUCAGGGAAAUGGAGGAGAUCUUUGCCAGUUUAGGCCGCCUUGAUGAGCAUCAUGGCAUUGGACACAGAGGUGCUCCAUCAGUAGAAGCUUCGCCUCCUCAGGAAGGUGCUGAGAAAGACAGGGGUCGAGCAGGAAGUAGUAACCCGAUUAGAGAUUUCAUGUUGAAGUCUCCUGACAGCUCACCCCUUCCUCCCCCCUCCGAGGCAACAAAGGACAGGGAUGCCUCUUCUCCACAGGAUCCCUGCAGCCGCUUUCCUCAGCGGAGACCCUUCUCAAAGUUUCAUGGUCUUUGGAAAGAUGGCCUUUUAAAACCAAAAGAGGGAGAGAAAAAAAGAGGUGUCUUCAGGUGGUCUGGAUCAGAUCUUGACUCCAGCACCUUCACAGCCAAAAAUAAGGUCGACUUUUAA